AGCGACCAUCAACCAGCUCGCACCACAGCCGCCAUGUCGACGCUCAUGAGAACGCUGCGCAACCUGCGCCGGAUCGGAAUUAAGGAUUAUGCUCACCAAAUGGCGAAUAUCGGUGAUACCAAAGCCGGAACCUUGAUUGGCACGGAUAGAUAUGGCAACAAGUACUUUGAGAAUCUGGAGGAGGAGCUGCCGCUGCGAACACGUUGGGUAGACUACAAGGAUAAGGAGUUUGAUCCUUCUCAGAUCGAGCCCGGAUGGCACGCUUGGAUGUCAUACAUGGUCGACAAGUCACCAGCCGUAGACCCGCUUCUGCAGCGUCAGGUCCGCGUUUGGGAGCCAAAAGAGCACAGGCCUACCCUUACUUGGAGUCGAUCUGGAUACAAGCCUUACAGCACCGUCAAGAACAAGUAUUCCCCAUGGACCCCCGUAGCCAAGCCUCGUGCGUAGAUAGGGAAAUCACCAUUAGUCUCACUUAUGCAAAAUCGUCAAAGCCCCUAGUUCUUCAUUCAUCACGUAUGUAGUUCUUGGAAGUUAUAUGUGGCUGUUUUCUUCCUUGUCGGCAAUCCAUCUUACAUAAGAUCAAAACUGUGGCGUGCGUAUUUGUUUUAUUAGGCUGAAGGCGGGGGGGAUAGUGAUCAGCUCACGACCCCAAAACUACUAAGAUUCCCAACAUGAGAUUGUUCUUUUGCGAUUUACGUCUUGGUAUUGCGAAAAAAAGUGAUGGGAGUGAUAUUGAUUGAUUAUUCAUGAGGGUAGAAAAUAAGACCACAUCACAUAAUCAUA